GCAGCCAUCCCACUCCUCGCCCCGUUGUAACUGCUCGCGGCUCUAUCUCUUUAUAAAGUUGUUGUUGCGGCUUCCGCCGCGGGUGCAGGAAGAUGGCGUCGGGUGGCGGUGGCUGUAGCGCUUCGGAAAGAUUCCCUCCGCCGUUCCCCGGCCUGGAGCCGGAUUCCGAGGGGGCGGCCGGAGGGUCAGAACCCGAGGCUGGGGACAGCGACACCGAGGGGGAGGAUAUUUUCACCGGCACCGCGGCGGCCGUGAGUUCGCACCCUUUGGGGGCGGCCAGAGGGUGGGCGGGCGCCCCAAAAGGGAAGAAAGGCUGGGCAGAGUGGGCCCGGCGAGACCUUGCGUUGGUGACAGUAGUCGUGGCUUGGGGGCGCUGGAUGAACACCGAGACCUCGGGCCUGGCUUCCUGGCCUCUGGGAGGACGGAGAGAGUUGCCAGAUGCCACAGUGGAGCUAUCCCUGGACAGCACACAGAAUAAUCAGAAGAAGGUGCCAGCCAAAACGCUCAUAUCUCUUCCUCCACAGGAAGCCACAAAUUCUUCUAAGCCCCAGCCAAGCUAUGAGGAGCUAGAGGAAGAGGAACAGGAAGACCAAUUUGAUUUGACAGUUGGUAUAACUGAUCCUGAGAAGAUAGGGGACGGCAUGAAUGCCUAUGUAGCCUACAAAGUUACUACACAGACGAGCUUACCAAUGUUCAGAAGUAAACAGUUUGCAGUGAAAAGAAGAUUUAGUGACUUUCUGGGUCUUUAUGAGAAGCUUUCAGAGAAACACUCUCAGAAUGGCUUCAUUGUCCCCCCUCCGCCUGAGAAGAGCCUAAUAGGAAUGACAAAAGUAAAAGUUGGGAAGGAAGAUUCUUCUUCUGCAGAAUUUCUUGAAAAACGGAGGGCCGCCCUAGAAAGGUACCUUCAGAGGAUUGUGACUCAUCCUACCAUGAUACAGGACCCUGAUGUCAGGGAGUUCUUGGAAAAAGAAGAGCUGCCACGUGCCGUAGGUACUCAGACAUUGAGUGGUGCUGGUCUCCUCAAGAUGUUCAACAAAGCCACAGAUGCGGUCAGCAAAAUGACCAUCAAGAUGAAUGAAUCCGACAUUUGGUUUGAGGAGAAGCUCCAGGAGGUAGAAUGUGAAGAGCAGCGCUUGCGAAAACUACAUGCCGUUGUAGAAACUCUGGUCAACCACAGGAAAGAGCUAGCGCUGAACACAGCCCAGUUUGCAAAGAGUCUGGCCAUGCUCGGGAGCUCAGAGGACAACACAGCAUUGUCACGGGCACUCUCCCAGCUGGCUGAAGUGGAAGAAAAAAUUGAGCAGCUUCACCAGGAACAGGCCAACAGCGACUUCUUCCUCCUUGCCGAGCUCCUGAGUGACUACAUUCGCCUCCUGGCCAUCGUCCGAGCUGCCUUUGACCAGCGCAUGAAGACCUGGCAGCGCUGGCAGGAUGCCCAAGCCACACUGCAGAAGAAGCGGGAGGCUGAGGCUCGGCUCCUGUGGGCCAACAAGCCUGACAAGCUGCAGCAGGCCAAGGACGAGAUCGUAGAGUGGGAGUCUCGGGUGACUCAGUAUGAAAGGGACUUUGAAAGAAUUUCAACCGUGGUCCGAAAAGAAGUGAUACGGUUCGAGAAAGAGAAAUCCAAGGACUUCAAAAACCAUGUGAUCAAGUACCUUGAGACACUCCUGUACUCACAGCAGCAGCUGGCAAAGUACUGGGAAGCCUUCCUUCCUGAGGCAAAGGCCAUCUCCUAAUGGACCAAGGACACCAGAGCCACCCGCCUGACGCUGCCUUUUUAUACACUGUCCCCCUCCACCUCUGCUGGACCCCAGUGAUGCCAUCCUGCCUAGCCUGGACUUUACCCCCUCUCCCUGUGCCUACGACCAAGCUGUCCCCAGUCAUUCUAAGCAUUACUUCAUUUAGCUUCCAUAUAUAUUUUCUUACCUGAGAGAAUAGUUUCUUGCUUUAAGCAAAGACCUAUAAUAGGUGGUGGAAUUAUGGGAUAGGGGUGGAGUAUUGAUAUAAAUAUAUAAAUACAAAUGUAUAUUUUUCAGGAUGUGGUUAGGAACUGGGAAUAACGUUUUCUGUUACUCCUGAUGGUGCCAUGAAAGAUUAUGUAAUAAAAUAUUUUAAAAUCAGG